ACACAAACAAGCACAAUUUUUUUUGUAACAUUUUUAUAUUAUAUAUUUUUAAAGAAAAAAGAAAAUAAUUAUUAAAUUAAAUUCAAUAUGCAAAUUUUUGUCAAAACUUUAACUGGUAAAACCAUCACCCUCGAAGUCGAAGGUUCAGAUACCAUUGAAAAUGUUAAAACCAAAAUCCAAGAUAAAGAAGGUAUCCCACCAGACCAACAACGUUUAAUUUUCGCUGGUAAACAAUUAGAAGAUGGUCGUACUCUCUCUGACUACAACAUCCAAAAAGAAUCUACCCUCCAUUUAGUUCUCAGAUUGAGAGGUGGUAUGCAAAUUUUUGUCAAAACUUUAACUGGUAAAACCAUUACUCUUGAAGUUGAAGGCUCAGAUACCAUCGAGAACGUCAAAACCAAGAUUCAAGAUAAAGAAGGUAUCCCACCAGACCAACAACGUUUAAUUUUUGCAGGUAAACAAUUAGAAGACGGUCGUACUCUCUCAGAUUAUAAUAUCCAAAAAGAAUCUACUCUCCAUUUAGUACUUAGAUUAAGAGGUGGUAUGCAAAUUUUUGUCAAGACAUUAACUGGUAAAACUAUUACUCUUGAAGUCGAAGGUUCAGAUACCAUUGAAAACGUUAAAACCAAGAUUCAAGAUAAAGAAGGUAUCCCACCAGAUCAACAACGUUUAAUUUUCGCCGGUAAGCAAUUAGAAGAUGGCCGUACACUCUCUGACUACAAUAUUCAAAAGGAAUCUACUCUCCAUUUAGUAUUAAGAUUAAGAGGUGGCAUGCAAAUUUUCGUAAAGACUCUUACCGGUAAAACUAUUACAUUAGAAGUUGAAGGCUCAGAUACCAUCGAAAACGUUAAAACCAAGAUUCAAGAUAAAGAAGGUAUCCCACCAGAUCAACAACGUCUUAUCUUUGCAGGCAAACAAUUAGAAGAUGGUCGUACCCUCUCAGACUACAAUAUCCAAAAAGAAUCUACCCUCCAUUUAGUUCUCAGAUUAAGAGGUGGUAUGCAAAUUUUUGUCAAAACAUUAACUGGUAAAACCAUCACCCUCGAAGUCGAAGGUUCAGAUACCAUUGAAAACGUUAAAACUAAAAUCCAAGAUAAAGAAGGUAUUCCACCAGACCAACAACGUUUAAUUUUCGCUGGUAAACAAUUAGAAGAUGGUCGUACUCUCUCUGACUACAACAUCCAAAAAGAAUCUACCCUCCAUUUAGUCCUCAGAUUGAGAGGUGGAAAUUAAAAGUAUUUGUUAACAUUAAAGCAGCAAACCAAUCGGGGUUACAUCACAACACAAUUUCCUUUUUAUCAAUUAAAUUAAUAAAGUUUAGUAUUUUCUUUUUUUUUUUAAAGU